GCACUCUAUCUUCUCCGCCUUGCUUGACGCUUAAAACCCCGGGUACUAAAACCUCUCUUGCAAGAAUUACGACGAUGCUCCUUGCCCCGUGUCUUAGAAAUGGCGUCUUCUGCUAAAGCUUCUCACUUUCAUCUAAACCCAGAUAAAGUGAGCCCUUUCCAAACCAAUAUCGAUAAGCCCAGAAGCGUCAGCUUCUCCUGGAAUCUCGGAAUUCGAAAACUUUUCCGGAGAAAAUCUCAGGGAAUUUCGGUUCUUAGCUCGAGUUCUAGAAGCAGCCUCUUCUCGAAUUCCCAGUUACAUGAGCUCUGCGCGAAUGGGAAGCUGGAAGAAGCUAUGAAGCUCCUGAACUCUAUGCAGGAGUUGCGAAUUUCUGUUGACGAAGAUGCGUUUAUCGCGUUGGUCAGGCUGUGCGAGUGGAAGAGAGCUCACGAGGAGGGCUCCAGGGUUUAUUCGCACGUUCUUAGUUCCAUGAGCAGUCUGGGCGUGGGACUGGGAAACGCGUUUCUCAGCAUGUUUGUGAGAGUCGGUAACUUGGCUGAUGCGUGGUAUGUUUUCGGUAAAAUGUCUGAAAGAGACUUGUUUUCUUGGAACGUGUUGGUCGGUGGGUAUGCAAAGCAAGGAUAUUUCGACGAGGCCAUGUGUUUGUAUCAUAGAAUGUUAUGGGUUGGUGUUAAACCUGAUGUCUAUACAUUCCCUUGCGUAUUGAGAACGUGUGGGGGUAUCCCAGACCUAGCUCGAGGAAGAGAGGUCCAUGUUCAUGUCGUUAGACAUGGUUUUGAGCUGAAUGUCGAUGUGGUUAACGCUUUGAUCACCAUGUAUGUGAAGUGUGGUGAUGUUAAGAGUGCGAGGUUGCUUUUUGAUAGACUGCCUAAGAGAGACAUAAUCUCAUGGAAUGCAAUGAUCUCUGGUUAUUUCGAGAACGGGAUGUGUUAUGAAGGGUUGAAGUUAUUUUUCAAAAUGCGUGAGCUUUCUGUUGAUCCUGAUUUGAUGACUAUGACCAGCGUUGUCUCAGCUUGCGAGCUUCUUGGCGAUGUGAGGCUAGGACGGGAGAUUCAUGGUUACAUUAUAAGCUCAGGUUUUGUGGUUGACAUAUCUGUCUGCAACUCUUUAAUGCAAAUGUACUUAAACUCUUCGUCAUGGCAGGAUGCAGAAAAUCUUUUUAGUAGGAUGGAGAGCAAAGACAUUGUGUCUUGGACGACUAUGAUUUCGGGCUAUGAGUAUAAUUCGCUGCCCGAGAAGGCCAUAGACACAUAUAGAAUGAUGGAGCGAGAUAGUGUCACGCCAGACGAGAUCACGAUUGCCACUGUUCUAUCUGCUUGUGCUACUCUUGGUAAACUGGAUAUGGGUAUUGAGCUCCAUAAGCUUGCAAUAAGGGGAAGACUCAUAUCAUAUGUGAUUGUAGCAAACAAUCUCAUCAAUAUGUUUUCAAAGUGCAAAUCCAUUGACAAGGCCUUGGACAUCUUCCAUAACGUCCCUCGCAAGAAUGUGAUAUCUUGGACGUCAAUUAUUUCAGGGCUCCGACUCAAUAACCGGUGCUUUGAGGCCUUGAUUUUCUUCCGGCAAAUGAAGAUGACUUUGGAGCCAAAUGCGAUAACACUGACAUCUGCAUUAGCAGCUUGUGCUAGAAUCGGGGCUCUGAUGUGCGGUAAGGAGAUUCAUGCCUAUGUACUAAGAAACGGUGUAAUGCUUGAUGAUUUUCUACCGAAUGCACUCUUAGACAUGUAUGUACGGUGUGGAAGGAUGAACAUUGCAUGGAACCAGUUCAAUUCACAGAAGAAAGAUGCAUCAUCAUGGAAUAUUCUUCUCACUGGAUAUUCAGAGCGAGCACAAGGACCACUGGCUGUGGAAUUAUUUGACAGAAUGAUUGAUUCCGGUGUAAGGCCAGACGAGAUUACGUUCAUCUCGUUGUUAUGUGCAUGUAGCAAAUCUCAGAUGGUGGAAGAAGGUUUAAUGUAUUUUGGCACAAUGGAGGAGUAUGGGAUUACCCCAAACUUGAAGCACUAUGCGUGUGUAGUUGAUUUACUUGGCCGUGCGGGCCAGUUAGAAGAUGCCUAUGAAUUCAUUCUGAAAAUUCCAGUCACACCAGAUCCUGCUGUCUGGGGAGCGUUGCUUAAUGCAUGCAGGAUUCACCACAAUAUUGAUCUUGGCAGGCUUGCAGCCCAACAUAUUUUCGAGGUUGACAAAGAAAGUGUUGGCUAUUACAUUCUGUUGUGUAACCUGUAUGCUGAUUGUGGGAAAUGGAAAGAAGUUGCCAAAGUGAGAAGAAUGAUGAAAGAAAACGGCCUAACCAUUGAUGCCGGGUGCAGUUGGGUGGAGGUAAAGGGUAGAGUUCACGCCUUUCUUAGUGGUGAUGAGUACCAUCUCCAGGUAGAAGAGAUUAAUGCAGUUCUAGAAGGGUUUUAUGAGAGAAUGAGAGAAGUUGGCUAUAAUUGCUCGAAAUGCAGUUCCAUGGAUGAGAAUGAGAUUUCAAGAGAUGAGAUAUUCUGUGGACAUAGCGAGAGAAAUGCCAUUGCUUUCGGUCUGAUUAACACUGUCCCUGGAAUGCCUAUUUGGGUAACCAAGAAUCUCUCUAUGUGCCAUAGCUGCCACGACACAGUAAAGUUCAUCUCCAAAAUUGUCCGGAGAGAGAUCUCGGUAAGGGAUUCCGAGCAGUUCCACCUCUUUAAGGACGGAGAAUGUUCAUGUGGAGAUUAGAAUCAAAUAUAGAUAGUCAAGGGGACUAUUGCAGGAAACCUGGGUUUGGCUUCUUUUGUUUGUAGCUUUUCGUGUAUAAUAGAAAUUGUUGUAUGUACCAUUAGCUGGAGAUGCUUCAAUAUAUCACAGAACAAGAUGUUAUUACUUAAGGGUGUAAACCACCAAAGGUACAUCAUGGCUCACACAGAAAUAACAUUAGAGUUUCUCUA